UCUAUAUCUGGAAAAACAUCUUUUGAUUACAAAAGCAUCCGUGCAAGUGUCUGAUUGUGUGUGUUGAGGUCUUUUCUGACUGCAGGCCCGGAGAGGAUGUGUCACUGCAGACAGGUUUUCCCCUGUUACUCAUGGGCCUCUUUCUCGCACUGUCUCUUUAUGUGGGCCUGAGCGUUGCACUUUUGCAAAUUUCUAAAGUUAUCACCUGCAUUUGAGUGCAUGUUACAUAGUCUAUAGUUUCCUUUACUAGUGGGUGAGAUUUUUGUUGAUAGCGCUUACAGAUUGUUGUGACCAGGGGUAACGCCUUUUGUUGGAUAGGCCUAGUUGUUUUGACAUCUGAUGUACUAUAGUUUCGUUCAAUGAAGGAAAGGCUUCGGUUUGGUAAUGGGACAGAGGGUAAACCUGCGUUUAAGAUUCAGACAUUCACAGGCCUGCAUGGCAGGCUGACAUGAGAUUUCUCAUCUCGACAUCAAACCCGAUCAUCUCACUUCAGCUGCACCUAUUGUUCUUUGAAGAUGAUCCGCAUUCAUAACCCUCACCACGUGCCAUUUCUGCAUCAGACGGAGAAGCUCCGCCAGGCAGGAACCCUUUGUGACACGCUUCUCACUGUGGAGGGCCUUUCAUUUAAAGCCCACGCUCUGAUACUAGCGCUGGCGAGCAAACGUCUCAAGCGUCAGCUAACAAACCAGCACGGCCCAGGUUCAGGGUACUGCUGCGUUAUAGACAGAGUCUCUUCCCACACCUUCAAGCAAAUCCUAGACUACGUGUACAGCGAAUCGCUGGAGGUGCCCAAAGAUGAUCUUGAGGAGCUGCUGAGGGGUGCUGAGUAUCUGGAAGUGGAGUCUUUGGUAGAACAAUGUCAAGCACAACUCAGAGAUCCUGAAUCCCCAACUAAGACAGACACAAAAGUGUUAAAUUCCCUCCAAGAUGACAAAGCACACAAGGACACCCAGUUGCCUAAAACUAGCCACAAUUUGGAUGAAGACCACCUUGAUUGUUCUUUAGAAGAAGAACGUUCUUCUACCAAGAGGGUGGUCCACGAUGCACAUAAGAAGAGCUGUUCUCCUGUGUCUCCUCUGCCUCCCAUGUUCUCCAGAGAGACCAUCAUCUCCUCCAGCUCUCCGUCUCCAAGCCCUCGCCUCUGCUGGCCGCCGGUCAGCCCGUCUAGGAGCAUGGUGUUAAACUGUAGAGAAAUUAUGACCUUCCACUCCCUUCGAGCAUAUCCCUACCCCACACCCAUGUACCCCAUCCUCCACCACUCACUCCAGCCACAGGUCUCCUCCUCACUUAUGGGUUACACGGGGUUGCUUCACCCUUAUCACACUUUCAUGCACUCUCCUCCACUUACUCAAGACCGUCUCUUCGUUCCUGGUCUGAAAGGAAAGAACGGCACUAUCAGUGCAGCUUUAACGGGGUCCAUGUCAGAUGAUCAAGAGAGGAAGCCAAAGGUUCAAGAGGAGAGGGAGAUAUGCUGCAGACACUGCGGUAAACCGGCCCUGGAAAACCCCUGGAGGCCAACGACUGGGUCAUCAACCUCAGGUUCUGUGGAAAUGGCGCUGAGGUGUAAGUUCUGCGGCCGAAGUGGACGGGAUAGGCGAUCUCUGCGCUCACUCAGGAGGGGUGUUGGAGGAGAGAAGCCUUACCAGUGCAAACAGUGUAGCAAGAGGUUCAGCCUUAAACACCAGCUGGACACACAUCACCGGGUCCACACAGGUGAAAAACCAUUUGAGUGUCGGCUGUGUGGCCAGCGUUCACGUGACUAUUCGGCUAUGAUCAAGCAUCUGCGUACUCACGGCGGUGCCACUCCUUACCAGUGCACCAUGUGUCUGGAGUUCUGUAGCAGCCUGGCAGCCAUGCAGAAACACCUGAAGAAUCACCCCACGCAGGACUUCCCUCCAGACUGGAGCCUGAGCAGCACGUACCUGUACAACUGCCACACCUGAGCCCUGUGCGAUAAAGCAUGUAGAUAUGGAAGAUUUUAUACUGAUUUGAUAUUUUUAAUACUUUUAUUAAUCUAUUUUGAAGCCAUUAUAUAAAUAUGAUAAUAUAUUUAAUAUAUAUACAAAGGACAUUUAUGCCAGUUGAUCUUUGUUUUUUGAAGACGUCUAGUUGGGUGAAUACUCCACUCACCAAUUAAGAUGAAGUAGACUUAAUUUGCCAAUGCUUAUAACUUUCCCUGUGAAAUAUCAUCACAAUAGCAUAAAAAAAAUAUUUGUUUGUUUAUUUAUUGAGCUGGUCAAAUCUGUACCAUUUAUCUAAGCACUCACUAUGUGAUCUAUUUACACACUGUAUUCAAUCUUUUAAUAAAAGCAUUAUGGUCAAAAUA